AUGUCGCCCGUCAUCCAUUGUGUCCGCCAUGCACAGGGGUUUCAUAACCUGAACCAUGCUAAUCAUAUCCUUCCGGACCCUCUACUUACUCCUCAUGGCGAGACUCAAUGCCGAAAUCUCCUUAUCAAUUUUCCAUUCCACUCAGAUGUCGAGUUAAUAGUUGCAUCGCCGCUCCGAAGGACAAUAUAUACGGCCUUGUUAGCAUUUGAAGUACCAUUGAGAGAAAAGGGCCUAAAAGUGAUUGCCUUACCUGAAAUUCAAGAGACCAGUGAUGUACCGUGCGAUAUCGGCAGUGAUCUCGAGGCUCUAGAAAGGGAAGUUAGGGAAAACGACUUGCCCGUGGACUUAUCUUUGGUAACAGAGGGUUGGAAUAAUAAGAAAAAUGCAAGAUGGGCUCCGGACGCCAAAGCAAUUUCAGCUCGUGCCCGAGAAGCACGCCGAUGGCUGAAGUCGAGGCCUGAAAAGGAAAUCAUUAUGGUCUCCCACGGUGGUUUCUUGCAUUACUUUACCGAAGACUGGCAAGACAGCACACUUUAUACCGAGAUCCUUGACCAACUCGUUUUAUCCUCUUUGUUCGUUUUCACGUACGAAGUCACGAAGAAAAAACCUAGCCCCAAUAACUAUACUAAUCUCCGUCCGUCCCCCGUCUGGCCAGGCACCGGCUGGGCGAACACUGAAUUCCGAACCUACGAAUUCUCCGAAGCAAUCCACGAUGAUGACCUCUAUGGACACAAAGUCGGCGGCGAUAACGCAUCUAUUAUAGAAACAAUUGAUUCAAGACAACGGCGAGGCAAGCAAGACCCUCCCAACGCUCGCGAACAACAGAAGCAAUUUUUUGUCCAAGCCAUGACAGCCUGGGAAAAUCAAAUUCUCCAAAAUGCCGCAAAUGAGAAGAGUGAGGAGAUUCAACAAAAGCAGGCAGUCGAGGUGGAUGCGAAUUGA